UCGACCGUUUCAUAAAAUCCAUCUUGCUGGCUGGUCUGUGGGAUGGAGCACACAGACUUGAGUCCGGAUGAUGGCUGCUGUCACCUAAAAUCCUGCGCUUACGGAGGAGGAUGGAAUCCAGAGCCCCUCCCACCGCAGGCCCUUCAACUGCGCGCGGAGUGGCUCCCAGCGGUGUAAACGGCACACCGCUCAGCCUGCGCGCACCAGUACCGCGUGAUUUGCGUGGAGAUGUAGGUGAGCGAGCGCAGCGAUGGACGCAACUUUUGCGGGGACAGGGGCGGCUCCUGCGCCGCUCCUUCAGGGGCUGUGGGAGUACGUGAGAGCGGGUCAGGAGGAGAUCCUGCUCUCCCCUUACCUGCCUGCAUCCUGCGCCCUCCUGAUGCACGUGCUGCUCUGCGCACCCUUCCUCGCUCUUGACGCGCUGGGGAGCGUGUGCCAGCGCGUGCGCUCUUGGAGGAUAACUGCAGGCUCGGACCCCCCACCGACCCCCCGGCAGUGGUUGGACUGCUUUUGCAGGAUUUUGUGCAGAUACGUGACUGUCGUCCUGCCGGCCUCUGCGCUCUUCCAGCGGCUGCGGAGCCCCAGGUUACCGGAGCUGGCUCCGUCAUGCUGGCAGCUCUUUGUGGAAGUGUUGGCAUGCGUGCUGCUCUUUGAUGCCUUUUUCUUUGUAUGGCACUACUACAUUCACAGGAUUCCCUGGUUGUACCGCAGCAUCCACAAGGCGCAUCAUCAGCAUCGCAACCCCUUUGCGCUCGCAGCGCAGGACGCCAGCUCAGCAGAGCUGCUGUCGCUGCUGCUGCUGUCGCUGAGCUGUGCCUGGCUGCUGGGCUGCCAUCCUCUCAGCGAAGUCAUCUUCCACCUGCUCAACAGCUGGCUGGCAGUGGAGGACCACUGUGGGUACAACUUGCCCUUGGCUUCACACAGACUGUUUCCCUUUCUCGGCGGUGCCCCCCAUCACCAAACCCAUCAUAAAAUCAAAUGCUUUAACUACGCUCCCUACUUCACUCAUUGGGAUCAUCUCUUUGGCACUUACCGUCCACCCGUGCUGGAUCCCAGAGAAAGUCGGGAAUGUCGCGCACAGUAAAGGAAAGAUUCCUACUUUCUGGAUAAGAUGAAGUGCAUUUGCUGCAGGUCGCAUGUUUUUCCUGUACUCUGUCUGACUGCAUCAAGACACUUUUAAGAGGUUCUCUCCAUCUAACUGAAUUAUUGGAAUAGGAAACUCAAAGGUAGAACCCAGUAGUCUUUUAGGAGGAGUGAUUCCAAGUCUCGGCUGCUUGUUUUCCUAACAGCACCGAAUUACAGUGCAGCGAUACGUGGAAAACUACCCACAUUUGAGCAGCUGAUAAACUCUUUAUAAACUUUGUGUGUGUGUGGUUGCCAAAAGUUUGAUCUCACAUCACAAGUCAACAAAUGUGACAGCAGAUCCAGCACAGUCCAAGUCCUGAACUUAAACAACCAGCUCCUGCCAUCCUGGAUUCAGGAGAGGGUUCAGAAGAGACAUAAGCAAAGGAUGGAAGCCAAAAUGAAAACAGCCAGUUCAGUAAACACUACACUUGUCUGGGUUAACUGUGAAACACCAAACCAUCCUUGUUCAGUGUUUAUAACAUUAGCUCUGUGAACCAUCUAGGUACCAGAGAAGCAAAGAUGGUGGUCUGGUAGGUCGGAGAGCAACAUUUAAAAUGACAAAAUCUGAACAGAGAUAGAACAAAAAAAAAGGUUUUAAACAUCAGAGUCAGCACUCCGGAGACUCUGACUUGUUCUUAGCUAUGGCUAAUGAAUCCAAAAUGCUAAUGAAUCCUAAUGAAUCCAAAAUGCGGAGAGUUGCGAUCAAAACAUAAUAAAAAACAACCAACAUUGCCUAAUUACAUGUGGAAUCCGCUGUUUGCACACAAAGAGAUAUUUUUAUCAUUUGCAUAUGAACAGAUGUACUUACUUUUUUAGCUUUGCUUUCUUGCAUUUGUAAAAUGAUAACCGUAGAAAAACUUCUCAGAAAUGCUGAUUUAAAUUGGACAAAGAAGACUGUCAGAUUAUUUCUUCAACAUUCAACAUUACCUCAUGAAGCAACACAUACAGGUUUUACAUAUCCAAACAUUCUCUCUGACCAACAAAUGUUGCCCUGUAUACAGUUCAGUGUACUUUCUGUUGCAUUUGCUGCACUUUUCUUGUGUAUGUGUGUGUGUUUUUGACUUCCAUGGGAAAAUAAACAAAAGCAGGACACAGACCUAGAGUUUUAUUGUCUGUGCCUCUCUGCUGUCGUCAGUAA